GAGAGGGAGACAGACUCUGCAGCAGUGACCCAUCUGCGCCACAACUAGUAACUCUUGAUCAAAGAUAUCCCCUCUUUCCUCAAAGGCCCUGCAUGGCAGAGACCUUCCAGAGGUUACAACAUAGUGCCUUGUGCACUUAUCCGGCUCAUCAGGAUGAGUUUUAAACCAAGAUGACAAGUAUACUGAUCAAACAUUGGAGAACACUAGUGCAUACUGUACCAUGAACACUUAUCUCUUCACCUAUUAUUUAAUCCAAUUCUGUGGACAUUCCUGGAUAUUUACAAAUAUGAUCAUCAGGUUCUUGUCAUUUGGGAAAGAUUCUUUGGCCGAUACCUUCUAUUCUAUAGGGCUCAUAAUGCGCCUUUGUCAGUCGUUGUCCAUAUUAGAGCUCCUGCACAUUCUAGUUGGCAUUGAAGAAAACAGUUUUCUCCCAAGAUUUUUACAGAUAAGUGAGAGAAUCAUCAUUUUAUUUGUUGUCAUCACCAGUCAAGAAGAAGUUCAAGGGAAAUAUAUUGUGUGUGUUUUAUUUUUCCUUUGGAAUUUACUGGAUGUGGUCAGAUACACUUACUGCAUGUUAUCAGUGACAGGAACAUACUAUGACGCUCUGACAUGGCUAAACUACACACUAUGGAUUCCAUUAUAUCCCCUGUCAGUUCUGGCUAAAGCAUUUGCCAUCUAUGAAUCACUGCCUUAUUUUGAAUCCUUCGGCACAUACUCCACCAGGCUGCCAUUUCCAUUUGCCUUAUCGAUCUACUUCCCGUACAUACUAAAAACGUACCUGGCAAUGCUGUUUGUAGGUAUGUGCUUCAUCAUCAGGUACCUCUGCUCUGAAAGGAAAGCUCACCUAGAAGCCAGCUACAUCAAAGAGAAAAGGAGUGGAGAAGACCUGUGGGCUCCCGCCCCCUCUCAGAGGUGAAGACUUCUAUGUAGGCAAGGGAAGGAUGUUACUGGCGUGGGAGAUGAAAGGAGAUGGGAUACAGUGGAAAAGCAUCCAAGCUUCUGGAAAUUUAUCAAAAUCACUAUUUUCUGAGGUCCUAAACUGUAAUAUUCAUGUUUAAAUUAACCUGGAAUUCAUCAAAUGUAUCUAGCGAUGCACAGAUCCCACACUUACCAGGAUAAGUGUCCCUGGUAAAAUUGUUACAAGGUUGGCAACUAUGCUAUCAUAAGAAUAAUGCUGGUCCUGAUAUAACAACAUUGCAUGAUGAAUGCUAUAAUAUGGAGGGAUCAUAAUGCUAACAAAAAUUUGUCAUCUGAAAUGAAAAAUCAUUAAAAAACCUGAAUAAAGAAAUGUUGUGCCUUCAAAUAAAUACACCAUGUCAAACCAAAACAUUGCAAGAUUUGUUUAAUUUUUCCACAUAUUCAUAGCAAUCUUCCACCUACUACAGAAACAAGGCUUUCUGCUGGCUACAGCUUAUAUUGCAUAUUUUAAGUACUUCUGAAAUUCAAGUUUUUAAUUCAGGGUACGUCUACACUUGCUCCCUAGUUCGAGCUAGGGAUGCAAAUGUAGGCGACCAAAAUUGCUAAUGAAGCG